AUGCAAAGCCAUUUCUCGAGAGUUGGAUCAACCAUCGGUAGCAAAAUUGGCAAGAUGACAAUAUCGACAACAGCAUCCGCGCGCGCGCAUUAUAGAGAUCAGGUAGAGGCGCAACUCAAGGCUAAUCAAGAGAGUCUCGACAACCUUACACACACCGGUUCACAGGUCACGUUCGAAAUAGAUCCACCGGAAACUCCCAAACCAAAUCCGGACUUGAAGGUUUUCUUCUUCGACAUCGACAACUGCUUGUACAAAAGAUCGACCCGCAUCCACGAUCUCAUGCAGGUUUCCAUCCACGAGUACUUCAAAAAUGAGCUGAAUAUUGAUGACGACGAGGCCUGGAAACUACAUCACACUUACUACAGAGAGUACGGCCUGGCGAUUCGCGGGCUCGUUAUGCACCAUGACAUAGAUGCACUCGAGUACAAUCGCAUGGUGGAUGACGCGCUACCGCUGCAGCGCAUUCUUAAACCAGACGCCGGGCUACGGUCAAUGCUCAGCCGCUUGAAGGAGUCUGGCGCUGUCGAUAAGCUAUGGCUGUUUACCAACGCAUAUAAAACGCAUGGAAUUAGAUGUGUGCGCCUGUUGGGUAUCGCAGACAUGUUCGAUGGAAUAACGUAUUGCGACUAUUCGCAGAAAGACAAUCUCGUUUGCAAGCCGGACCCCGCGGCUUUCCAGCGGGCCAAGGCCCAAAGUGGCCUAGGCGACUACAAAAAUGCUUAUUUUGUCGAUGAUAGCGGCAGCAACGUCAAGACUGGGAUUUCCUUGGGGAUCAAGAAGUGCGUUCAUUUGAUAGAGGAUGAGGUGGACCCCAACUUGGGCCAGACACCCGCGGGCUCCAUCGUAAUUCGCAACAUAGAAGACCUACCGAAGGCUAUUCCAGAAUUAUUUCAGCGUUAG